AUGAGUGCUGCACCGAGCGGGCGCAGGAAGCGCCCCCGCUCCGCCGCCUCCAUCUUCCAGGGCAGCAAGACCUCGCCGCACGGCCGCGACAGCGAGCGCCGGGGCAGCGACUCAAAUAGCGCCUACCAGACCCAAAGAGCCCUGGACGACUGCAAGAUGCUUGUCCAGGACUUCAAUACCCAAGUGGCUCUCUAUCGGGAGCUGGUAAUUUCCGUUGGGGAUGUCUCAGUCACCUGUCCAUCAUUGCAUGUGGAAAUGCACAAAACUCGAACCCAAGGAUGUGAGAUGGCCUAUCAGGCUCAUCAAAAGUUAGCAGCAAUUUCUGGCCCUGAAGAUGGUGAAAUUCAUCCUGAAAUCUGUAGACUGUACAUCCAGUUGCAAUGUUGCUUAGAAAUGUACACAGCAGAAAUGCUUAAGUCCAUAUGUCUGCUAGGAUCACUGCAAUUUCAUCGGAAAGGAAAGGAGCCUUGUGCCCCACCCAAGAUCCUAGAUACAAAAGUGGAAGAGAGUUCAGAAGUACCUAUUUUAGAAGACACAUUGUCAUCGCCAACAGACACUCAGCAGCAUUUAUGGCAGGUUUCCACAGAUAUUGAAAAUACUGAAAGAGAUAUGAGAGAAAUGAAAAACCUUUUAAGUAAACUCAGGGAAACUAUGCCUUUGCCACUGAAAAAUCAAGAUGAUAGCAGCCUCCUAAAUUUGACUCCAUAUCCAUUGGUAAGAAGACGGAAGCGAAGAUUCUUUGGACUGUGUUGCCUUGUCUCAAGUUAG